AUGCGCAACUUUAUCAGAGCUGUGCUCUUAUUGUCACCUGCACUGACUUUAGCAUCGGUUCUCUCAGGAAAGAGCAAUUUGAACGACCUCAAAUAUGGCGUAUCAGUAGCUGACCACUCAUCUGCUGUAAUUAGCCUCAAUAUACCUACCAACUGGGGCCCAUCCCAUGACUGGUCCAGCGAAGCAUUUGAACUUCAUUUGGAGGUGUUCCCUUCGGCAGAUGUUUGUGACCAGGGAAAGGUGACCAUUGACGGUCAACGACUACUGCAGGUAGCAGAAGGGGGUGCGAUGACUGGAAAAGGACAGCUUCAAGCCAAGACAGAAAGAGAGUUGGUAACGAGCUGGGAGUUUCAUUGUGUUAAAGUCAACGGAGUCCCUGAUUCGAGGCUGCUGAGAUUCGUUGUCAACACCAUAGACGGCAAUGAAAAGAAUAUCGUUGGAUUUACUACUCUUUUCAGACAAACGGGGAGUACCGAAAUCCUCAGAAUCGAGACUGAUCUGUCCAUUCCCGACACAGUCAUAGCAAAUCCAAACCCAAAUGGAUUACAACCCCUUGGAGAAGGGCCACCAAUUCCCCAAACCGAGUGGAAGAACGAUUUCAACGAACUUCAUUGUUUGCGAACUCAGCUUCGCGAGUUAAAGCACCUUAUCUGGAAGAAAGAGCAGCACUUGUCCCGCAAUAGAGCUCCGCCUCCUGAAGUGAACAUUCAGGGUUGCGACAGCUUGAAAUGUGUGGCAGAAGCUGUGAUUCACAAAGCGAGGACUGCUGCUCGCAGAUUAUCUACCAAGGCCAAGGGAGAUGAUAUAUGGUCAGCAAACGGUAUGCAUCAUGGGGCACCGAAACAUCGACGAAAGAGUCUUUGCCGUGAAACGCAGCCUCGGCGGGAUCCAAACUCAUGUCAGGGUCGCCGCGGUAGGCUUUCUCCCGGCUGCAACUCUAUCUCGCAUAUACCGGAACGUCUUCAAGACGGCCGUUCGACAGACGAAGAGGAUGACUCCUGGCCCCAAUCAGACCGCCCUCAUCCUUGUUCCAAGGCAAAGGGGCCUUGCAAUGAGAAUGAUCACCACUCAGCUCACGAUCUUGACGGCCAUCAUCACCCACUGCCACCUUCCGGAGAACUUUCCACUCAAAGGGAUGACGAACACGAUCUUUCCACCAACAUAAAAACCCUCUUCCAAAAGACCGCCUAG